AUGUCCUCCACGCUGCCCACCGACUACUGGAAGGUUUCCACCAUGGACGGCACCGUCAUCACCCCCGCCACCUAUUGGGCCAACCUGUGGAAGACCUGUGUCACCGACUCCACGGGUGUCUCCAACUGCAAGGAUUUCCCCUGCAUGCUGGCGCUGGACGGUUAUAUCCAGGCAUGCGGAGGACUAAUGAUUGCUGCUGUCAGCCUUGGCUUUUUUGGUUCCAUAUUUGCACUGUUUGGAAUGAAGUGUACCAAAGUCGGAGGCGCAGAUAAAGCCAAAGCUAAAAUUGCUUGUUUGGCUGGAAUUGUAUUCAUACUGUCAGGGCUGUGCUCCAUGAACGGCUGUUCCCCAUAUGCAAACAAAAUCACAACGGAAUUCUUCGACCCUCUCUACGUUGAGCAAAAGUCUGAGCUAGGAGCUGCUCUGUUCAUUGGAUGGGCGGGAGCAUCACUCUGCAUAAUUGGUGGUGUCCUAUAUUGCUUCUCAGAAUCUGACAACAACAAAACACCCAGAAUGGGAUAUGCAUACAAUGGGGCCAUAUCAGUCCUGUCUUCUCGGACCAAGUACCACGGUGGAGAAGGAGACUAA